AUGGAUUCCGACGCUGGCUCCACCUGCAGCCGUUCCUCAUCCCCAGACCUGGUGGUGGAUAACUCUGCUGGGAGCUUCUUCUCUAACAAGAUGUUCCAGACAUACUGCAGAGAAAACAGAGCAGACAGCGAGGCCGGCCAGGGCAGGACGGAGCACUGCGGCGGGGGCGGUAAGAGCAAGAACAGGUCUGACCCUGACAAGGAAGAGGGGCAAGACCUGAGACUGAAAGUCAACAGUCGGGAGAGGAAAAGGAUGCAUGAUCUGAACCAGGCGAUGGAUGGCCUGAGAGAGGUCAUGCCCUACGCCCAUGGACCUUCAGUCCGCAAGCUAUCGAAAAUCUCCACCUUGCUGUUAGCUCGCAACUACAUCCUCAUGCUGUCCAGCUCCUUGGAUGAGAUGAAGAAGUUGGUGGGAGAUGUUUAUGGAGGUGCCGCCGCCCAGAGCCGCACUGCUGCCCACCCCACUAUUACCCCAGCAGCCGCCACUGUCCACCUCCCUCUACAUCCUCUGGCCCAAUCUCUGCACUCUCUAGUAGGCAGCACACCUUCAGCUCUCCAGCAUCAUUCAGCUUCUACAGCCCCGCACUCUCCUCCAUCCACCAGCUACCUGAGUUUUCAUGCUCCAGUCCAGGGCCUUCUCAAGGACCCCCUCCAUCUGGCCGGCUCCUACAGGCACUUCCCGGGCAUGCCAUGCCCCUGCUCACUCUGCCAGCCUUUGCCCACCUCCACAUUACACAGCCUGUCUAUGAACAAGUGA